GGCGGAUGUCUCCCCACAGAGGGUGGUGUUAGGAUAUGUUGCCGCGGUCAAUAAUAUUGCUUUUCAUCCUUACUGACAGAGUGCUCGCAGGUGGAUAAGCGUGCAGCACUUUAAAGUCUACAACCGUCUUGAUCUGUACGCAAAACAAGAUCGUGUCAAGAUUCACAAUCCAAACAUCUCACACUGAAACGAUCUCUGUUUUCCCUGUAUAAACAUGAGAUUAACGAACUACACUCUUAGCGCUUCUAACGGCUCAGACGACGAAACAUCAAACAAGGAAGUCUCUACUGCAACCGUCGUUUUCAAGACUUUGAUAUUCGCUGCAACUAUUUGUGCUACCCUCGUUGGGAAUGGCUUCAUCUUCGCUGCAAUGAUACGCUUUAGACCGCUUAGAACGCCUACAAACCUCGUUCUCUGGAGUUUGGCGACAACGGACUUAGGAAUGGUGGUGAUCAUGGUUGUGCAUGCUGUAACUGAUUUAUCCGGGGAAUGGAUAUUCGGCCUCGUCUGGUGCCAUGUCUUUGCUACCCUCGGACUACUUCUUUCCUUCAUAUCUAUCCUCCAUUUAUGUUUCCUGAGUGUCGACCGCUUCAUGGCUAUUCAAAGGCCUUUGCGCUACAGGCAGCUUGUCACAAGAAAAAGAGUGUGCGCUUUGCUUGCGAUUUUGUGGAUUUUCCCCUCGGUCAUGGCAAAUCUUCCAUGGUCGGAUUACCAGUUUCGGUCCGAGGUCUACGGAUGUCAAGCGCCCACACAUACAACAGAUAAAAAGGCACUCUUCAAACCCUUCAUUUUUAUUCUGAUUACAACAUUUGUAGUUUUUCCGUUUGGGAUUAUGUUGUUUUUACAUGCUCGGGUCUUCAGGGUCGCACUAACGCAUGCCCGAAGCCUGAGCGCUGUUGAAAGAAGUAUUCGUCGGAACGAGAAAAGCGAUCGAGAAUCCACGUCAAGCACGCGAAAAAAAGACCAAGAAAUCCACUCCCUAAGACGCGAAAUUAAAUCCGCAAAGACCUUCGCGCUAGUAAUUGGUGUCUUUCUGUGUUGUUACAUUCCGUUUUUCACGGCGGGAACGUAUCGCAAGUUCGCGGGACCAAGCGCUGUAAGCGAUGUAGUUAUGUUUAUCACAACAUGGGUCGCUUUUGCUAACUCAUGUAGCAAUCCGCUAGUCUACAGUUUAAGGUACACUCCGCUGAAAAAAGCGUUCAAAAAGUUAUGCAAUGUGCAGCAAAGAGACCCUAAAGCCUUUGUGAGCAGCCUGAACUCUUUUCAUAUCUCUCUUCGCGAGAAAAGAGCCGGGAAAACAAACCAAAAGGAUAAAGAAUUACACACACAGGAGAACUGUUUAUAACAAGGCACAGUGAAAAUCGCAAUAUUUGUAAUAGCCUAUAUAGCUUUUGAAUAUGUGAAAUGAAAUUCAAUUUAAAUAGAUUGGAUCGAUUAUUUCUGAAAGUCAAUCUUGAGCAAAGAAAUCAACAGAAAAACGUUGGCACGAAAAUGAUAACAUAACACGAACUAAAAGUGAAUUGACAUAAUGAAAUGUAUUGAACCCUUCUUUCAGGUCUGCGGGAAAGGCGCAGCGAAUAUUAUUUCCAUUUCUAAAGAAAACUGAAUUAUUUAUGUUGUUGAAAAAAGUUUGUUUGCUCAUCGCUUAUUCCGUAUUUGACGGCUUCUUUAAUUUGUAUGCUUUAAUGACAUGUUUUCUGCUCUUAUCAAAACUAUGCUGGCAACUAAAUUGAUGCCUUUUCAAUCAUCCAAUUAAGUGAAUGUUACAGCUAAGUUGUAAGUUUCCAAAAAUGUUUUGACAAUCGCAGAUCCCUGGAGUUUUUGCUAAUAUGCGGAACCGGGCAUGGGAUAAUAUCCUUUUUAGACUUAUUUUAGAAAUUUGGAUAACUAGAAAGAAAACAGAUAUGAUUGGUUAGUCAUAUACAAAAACAGCAUGGUUCCGUUUUUUCUUUCGAUAGUGAACCGAAUGCAUUGGAAGAAAGUGAAAAGGUUUUCACAACCAACAAAAGAAAAGCUAUUUUUAGAAUUAAAAGUAUCUUCUUGUCUUUCGUGAGAUAAGAAAGACUUAAACUGUUCGAAUCCUCCUCGAGAACUAAUUAUUGGUCCUCAAAAAGUUGGAGAAAAAAUCAGAGAAUCAAGUCGCUUUUGAUAAAUCAAAACUGUAGGCCCGUGUAAAAUAACUAAUAGCUAAUAGCUAACAAGAUCUUGCCCAAAUACAGAUCGGUGCACACAUAAUAGCUAUGCUAAUAAAUUUGUGACCCUCCCUUAAAUAUAUAAUAUAUAAAAAAAACUAUGUUAAAAAUACUAAGAUAUAAUAUAUUAAAAAUUAACGAUGAAUAUUGAAAAGCUUAAACUGUGUUAGUUUGUCGGUCUUAUUAAUCUUGUAGCUAAAGUUUAUUAAGUAAGUAAGUAAGUAAGUUAGACUUUAUUUAGAAUAAGGGUAACACAUAAUAGCUAUGCUAAUAAAUUUGUGACCCUCCCUUAAAUAUAUAAUAUAUAAAAAACUAUGUUGAAAAUACUAAGAUAAAAUAUAUUAAAAAUUAACGAUAAAUAUUGGGAAGCUUAAACUGUGUUAGUUUGUCGGUCUUAUUAAUCUUGUAGCUAAAGUUUGCAUUAGCGAUAACUUGAUUGGUUAUUUAUUCAGGAAUGCACUGACAGAGGGAAAAAAGGCACCAAGAUGUUUGUCUCGUUGCGUCUUUACUUAUUUAUGUGGUGCUAAACCACAUGCAAGAAGAUAGUUACUCGACACCCGUACACCAUACAUAGACAUUCAAUUAGACGCUGUGAAUAAAGAGGGCGGGAAACUUCACUUUACUUGGAAAUAUUCGACGAGAGCCUUGCCACAUUUCAAUCUCUAUGAACUUUAAACUCACAGGCUAAUCAUUACAUAUUCUUUAAUCCGCUUAUUCUUUGGAGAAAAAAAAAACGCCAUCCCUUCAACGCGUUUGAGAAACAAAAAAAGGAGGGUAAUCUUUAAUUUAGAUAGACAUUCUUGUUCAGUCCAAUUAAAUGAAUGCCUUCCGCAAA